AUGAGUCUUAGUCUUCAAGACGAACUGGAUGUCAUGCUGCAAGCCGAGGAGCUUUGGAGUCUAUCAGCAAACGAAGAAGCCAAAUCGAUGGACGACGCUAUCACUAAGAGUAGCUCACAGCCUGAGACCAAUGCCGAGCUUCCAACCUCGUCCUCUGAAGAAGAGCUAGAGUUUCCCCCUGAGGUCCUGGGAGAAAUUGACGCUAUUCUUCUGGCGGGCGUUCAAUUUGGUACCGCUUCCCAGGAUAACUCUUCUCAGGCUGCUGCUGCCCAGGACUCUACUCUUCAGGUUGCUGUUUCUCCAUCCACUGCUCCUCAAGUUGCUGCUCACACUUCUCCAAAUCACGCAUCUCAAAUUACUACUCCCCAAAUUUCCACUUCCCAGGUCACUGCUCCCGAGGUUCUCGCUCCUACAGGCUCUGCGACUCAGGUUACUUCUUCUCCUGUUCCUGUGCGUCAGGUUGCAACUCCUGAGAACUCGGCUUCUCCUGUUCCUGUACCUCAGUUCUCUGCUUCUCAGCUUGAUAUUUCUCAGGACCACGCUUCUCAGCUCUUUGAUUUGUCUGAGCUCGUCCCUCAGGCCUCUGCACCUGAGGUCGUGACCACUGGCGUCUCUGCUCCUGCUGUUGGGCCUCAGGCUGUUUUGGCUCAGGUUGCGACUCCUGACGUUUCUCCUCCUCAAGCUGCUGCUUCUCCAGUUGCUGCUCUCCAGGCUUCUACUCCUGAGGUUGUUGCCUCUCAGCUUGUCGGUUUAUGGGAUCUCGCCUCCCAAAUCUCUGCUCCCCAGGUUAUGACCUCGAGCGUUUCUGCACCUCAGGCUAUUGCUCCCCAGGCUAUUUCUCCGCUUAGCUUUGCUCAUCAGGUUGCAACUCCUAGCAUUUCUCCUCCUCUUGGUUCUGGCCCUCAGACUGCUGUCUCACCGGUUGCUACUCUCCAAGUCUCUGCACCUGAGGUCCCAGCUCCUCAGCUCUACACAUCCCAGGUUGUUGCUCCUCAGGCGACUGUGCCCCAGAGCUUCGGUUCCCUUUGCGGUUCUUACGGCUACGCUUCCCAGGACUACGCCCCUCAGAUUACUGCGCCCCAGUAUUUUGCUUCUCAGGCUUCUGUUCUUCAGCUCUAUGCUCCACAGGCUACAGUUCCUCCGGUCUGUGCUCCUCAGGUUACUGCUCCUCCGGCUUCUGCUGCUCAGUUCUAUGCUCCUCAGAUGUCUGCUUCUCAGCUUGAUGCUCCUCAGCUCUAUGGCCCUCAGCUCUAUGCUCCUCAGCAUUACGCUGCUGCUCCUCAAUUCUCUGCUGCUCAAAUUCCUAUUUCUCAACAUUAUGCUCCUCAGCCUUGUGCUUCUGAGGCCUGGGCUUAUGCACCCUGGUCUUUUGCUCCUCGAUAUCCUGCUCCAAUUCCUCAACUUUCCCCGUCCGUUAUUCGAAGUUAUGCCCCCCCUCCUCAGGUUCCAACUCCCGUUUCAUCGGCUCCAGCUGUUUCUCCUCAGCCUCUUUUCGAUCCUCCAGAUGUCCCUCCUGGACCUCGCGUUCGACUUCUGCGCGAGACCACAUGGGUUUUCGGUAUCCAGCCAUGGGCUCAUCUUAUGAGCCUGACUCCGGUCCGAGAACCCACUAACAACCGGAUGAUCAACAUCAAGGAGACCAAGGACCUCAAAAGCUUUUUGGAGUCUCGUCUCCGCAAGCGAGUUGCCAUGCUCGCUCAGGCUGUUGGUGUCCGUCUCGCUUCCGAGUGUAAGCAGUGCGCCACAGGCAAGGGCCAAUUUGUUGGGUGUGUUGUGAUUCCCGAUCAGCUGGACGGAGCUUGUGCGAACUGUCUGUGGGAAAAGUCUCCCGGUCAGCCUGGUCAAUGCAGCUUUUGUGAGUCCAUCCAUUGA